CACGCGCCCUGAUCCUGGUCUGCCUGCGCCACGAUCCGAGCCGUACCUGGCCCGAGACGAUUGGCCGCUGGCGCAUUCACUUGUCUGUACUUCCUGCAAUGUCGAAUAAUCCCUUCGCCAGCGGGCGCUCCACCCCGGCGAGAGCGCAGUCUGCCAAUCCCGCAUCGCCCACCCAGAGCACAUUCUCGGAAACCAGCGGUAUCAAUCUACAGCCUGCCACAAGUACGCCGCGAUCGGUCUUCCGGGGUACGGCCAGCACCUUCGCAACACCCAGCAGCAGCGUGCGCAUCCGCGCGGACCCCAGCAUCGCGACCUGCUUUGAUCCAUCCGACAAGGAGCUCUACGCAUUGUGGGCCCCGAGGGCAUGACGUUGACAGACUAUCUCGUAGGCGCCCAAGUUGCGACCGUUGUUGACAUGUGCGGAACCAGAAUAUAAAACCUUCCUCUUC